AUGACGUCCUCUUCACGGGAUGACCUUCGGUUACCCUUGCCCGAGUGCCUACCCUCGAUCACUUCCCUAUCGAGUUCAUCCAGUGCCGCGGGUGUGCCCACAUUAACCACGCCGACACUCACACCCACCACCUUGCGGAACAUUGAGCAGAUGUUCUUGGACACGGACCCCCACGUCUCUGACCAUCACCACGAGCAUGCCGCUCGGUUUGAACCACCCGCGGUCUCUCUGGAGCCCCUCUCGUUUGUCACGUGCUCUUCCGGUCACAACGGUCUUUCCUUGCCGCUGGAACUAUCGGACGUCAAACCAGAGCUACCUUCGAAUCCCGUGCCCACGUGGGUCCUGGACGGAUCGGUUCUACCGGGUCCAGACAGUAAUGACACUCACCUCCACCUUCCCGAGAUUGUCAAGACUGAAGCUACACCGCUCUUACCCCCACCACCCCUGCCAACGGCGUCGAUACCGCCGAUGCCGCCGUUGGCCCUUCCAACGUCCCCCUUGACACAAACUUUACUUUCCACGCCGACAGUGCCAUUACACCUCCUACCCACAGAACCAGUGCCUUGCGCCUCGAUCGUACACACGUCGAAUAAUAAUGUGCCCACGCCCUCCUUAGUGAUGGUGCCGUCAUCCUCGUCGAUGUCCUCGCCAUCUAGACUUGUGCUUCCGCCGACGUCAAUGAACGGCCACCUCUCCUCUCCUCCCACCGUUAUCAUGGCUUCUGACACCGUGAACACGAUGGUGUCCUCUCCGCCGCAGAUCUCGCCGGGCUACGGCACAGACGGUCCCGACUCGCGGAAACUCCUGCGACGAUUGAGGAACAAAGAAGCGGCUGCCCGAUGUCGGAAGCGGAGACUCGACCAGACCAUGACGCUGCAGGAAGAAGUGGACCAAUGGCAAGCCAAGAAUGCACAGAUACAAAACGAAAUCAAAACCCUGGAAGCACAAAAGCAGGAGUUGGAGACCAUCAUGAAGGCCCAUCGUGUCGAGUGCAAGGCCGAUGUCAAAUCACAACCUGCCCGUAAUGGCAAGCCUUUGAAACGCUUGGACCUUGUGCGAAAGACCACGAAAUCUUGAUCUUGGGCUUCGCACUCGCCUUCUGAUUUUGACGUUGACAAUCAGUUCAUCAACGGGAAGGAAGCGCGUGCGUGGCCGCUUGUAAAUUUGAGUGUCUUUAAACCAGUCUUUGAACCACCCCCGAUCGAAACUUGAAACUAGUCAUGAUCCACAAAUCAAGAAGAAGACGAAACACAAUCAUAACCCCAAUAAGCUUGAGGGAGGGUCAGACCGCGAUUCCACGAGCAUCCCUCACUGUAGAUUGCUUUCUCGCUAACCAAGAGCCUUCUUACCCGUGUCUAUAUUUGAUACCGCUAUCUAUAAGAUGAUCAGUAUUUAUUUUACUAACACUAUGAAAAAACACAUUGUUGUACCAGAUUGGUAAGAAACGCCUUUCGUUUGUCUCUCGCUCUUUCUCUAUUUUCCUUCUGUGCCUCGAUCAGUUGUGAAUGAACUUUGCUGUUUUGUUCAAUAAAUCAUCCCGUUGUGACCAUGUCCUUGAACAUUAUUAAUUAUCGUUACUAUUCCUUUUCCUUUUUAAGCCAUUUUGUUGUUCCAG